GGGGCCUAUUAUCGAAAAAUAUCGCAUACGAAAAUAUACGAAAAUACUAUAGUAUACGUUACACAUAUUAUAGAAUUCCCUAGUAUUUUCGUAUGCGAUAUUUUUCGAGAAUAGGCCCCCUGCCAGUAUAGGAGCACGUAAGCAAUCCCGCAAGAAAAAAAACGUAUCGUCUGCGGCAGGCUUUAGUAGUGUUUGUAAAAGCCUGUGCCGCGGCCUUUAAUUUUCUCACUGAUUUGUUUUGAUUCAAAUUCUUAUCAAAUGAGAUGGGGAAGAAAGAUAAGAAAAAAAAUAAAAACAAAAUAAGUGGUCAGAUAAAAACUGCGUUAAAAACAGAAAAAAAGUUUAACGCUAAGCAAAAGAAGGAAUUAGCGGCUCUUGGUGAGCCCGACUCUGAUGCUAAAUUCAAUGCUUUGGUGAUGGCUAUAGCUUCUGCGUUGAAUGAAGACGUUAGAGGAUUCAAUUUAAAGGACGACAUUGAAAAAAUUGUUGCCGAAAUUGAAAGAGAGGAGGCUUGCAGGCAAUGCAUAAAAGAAGUAGUGGUGGACGCGCCGCUUAGACGAGUCAAUUUCACCAUUACGGCACACCCUUUCAAAGAUGAACUCGUUAUGCUUGGCGGCGAAUUUCAUGAUGGUCGGCAGACGAUUGUGUACGGGGACAUGUUUUUUUAUAACAUAAAUAAGCGAGAAUGGACGUUGGUGAAAGCGCCAGGAGCACCGCCGCCGCGAUGCGGCCAUCAGGCAGUAGCCACAACGAAUUGCGGUGGCGAAUUAUGGGUGUUUGGCGGAGAAUUUACCAGCCCAAGCGAGUCGCAAUUCUAUCACUAUCGGGACUUGUGGGUAUUUCGAUUUAUCGACAAGAAAUGGGAAAAGAUCACAGCUCCAAACGGUCCAUCAGCCAGAAGCGGACAUAGAAUGGUGCACUUGAAGAAACAGCUGAUAGUGUUCGGCGGGUUCUACGACAAUUUGCGACAUGAUUAUAAAUAUUACAACGAUGUUCACAUUUUUGACCUGGAGACUUACACAUGGCGAAAAAUUGAUCCUGCUGGUACUACACCUGCUCCUCGAUCGGGCUGCGUAUUAUUGCCAACUCCAGACAACAAAGUUAUCGUGUACGGCGGUUACAGCAAGGAGAAAGUGAAGAAAAAUGUAGAUCGAGGUUGCAUUCACGAUGACAUGUUUCUUCUUACGCAAGAAGACAAAAACGACAUAAUCAAAUACAAAUGGGUCGGUGUGAAGCAAAUUGGUACCCGAAUUAGCCCAAGAUGCGGUGCCUCUGCUGCAAUAAUUCAACCCGCUGGCAAUCAAGCUUUCGUGUUUGGCGGUGUUUACGAUGACGAUGAUGAUGAUGAUGAUGAGGAUCUGUGUGGAACAUUUUACAACGAUCUGUUCGCGUUGGACUUGAAGAAAUUAUGCUGGCGCGCUGUAACAUUAACCGGGAAGAAGGAAAUGGCUGUUGCUGUAUCAGAUGGUACCGAGGGACGAUGUAGAAGAAGAAAAAAGCAAAAAGCAGAAAGCUGUGAGAAAGUAGCGGAACUGAGCAACGAUUCAGACGAAGAAGCGAUGGACGAUCUCUCAAAUGCCGUGCAAUCCACAGUUACUGUCGUCGACGACGGAAUAUUCACGGUAACGGUAGGUUUGACGGAACCAUCCACACCUUCCUCAACAUCUUUUCAACCUGUCUUGGCGACAGCAAGUGACAAAGGGACAACAUUUUUUCCAUUACCACGAAUAAAUGCUGGAAUGGUGGUAAAGCAUAAUAUCUUGUAUUUGUACGGAGGCAUGAUGGAAGAAAGUAAUAGGCAAUGCACUUUUUCAGAUUUCUACAGUUUAGAUUGCCGAAAGCUAGAUGAAUGGAAAACUCUGAUGGUGGAUGAUUUGUCAUCACAAACAUGGUUCGAUUCUUCAGAAAGCUCAGAGGAGGAUGAAAAUGAAAAUAGUGAGCAAGAAGAGAACAAUGAUAGUGAGCAAGAAGAGAACGACAAUAAUCAAUUAGUAAAUGUUAAUGAAAACUAAAUGGAAGAAAAUAAAUAAUGUAAAACAA